AUGGAAAUGAAUGGAUUUUACACUAUCGAUCAUACUUGGUUAUCUUCAAAAUUAUUAUCAUCAAUAAGAGGUAACCCUGUUCGUGACUCUUCGGAGAAGGAAUACCCGUUGGUUCCUCCAGAUUAUCUUAAACUUUUGGGUUCCUGUUAUGGUUUAGUGUGUUUACGCCCUACUGAACCAGGGUACGAGGAUUCUAUUUGCCUUUGGAAUCCGUCGACCAAGGAGUGCAAAAAGGUUCCUGAUUCACCAAACCACUUCAGUAGCUUUAGUGAGGGCAUCGAGAUUGUGUUGUGCGGGCUCGGCUAUGAUGAUAAAACUAACGAUUUCAAAGUCCUAAGAGUUGCUGAAGUCGAUUCGCGUGCUGAGUGUUUUGAGGAUUCUAAUAAUUUUUCUGAAACCGAGGUCUGUACGAUCAGACCUGGUUCUGAUCAAAUUGAAGUCUCCACGAGAAGAUCCCAGUCGGUUUUUGAGAUCUACUCAUUGAGAUCUAACUCUUGGAAACGAUGUCAAAUAACGCCAUACUAUUUUCCCGGUGAAUUGAAACCUGGGGUAAUGGUGAAUGGAGCUCUUCACUGGUGGGCUAUUAAACGAAAUGACGACUAUGAAGCCGUAAUAUAUUUCGACUUUAGCGACGAGGUAUUCAAGGAGGUUGCUAAACUAGAAGGACCCAUGUUACAUGAUGGGGAAGUUGUUGAUAGUGAGUUUGAAAAUAAUAACGUGGGAGUACUAGGAGGGUGCCUCUGUGUACUUCACAAGACCUUUGAUCAAGUUGAUGUGUGGGUAAUGCAGGAAUAUGGAGUGAAAGAAUCGUGGACGAAACGCUUCACAAUUACGCAAGAUUCUAUUAUUGAAACGAGUGCCCUGAGAUUAAUUUCUGACUUUGAGGACGGGAGCAUUCUUUUUAGUACCGAUGAUUCGUUGGUUUAUUAUGACCCGAAUCGCAAAAGAGGUACUAGGAAAUUGAGGAUUCCUGGUACCGGCUGUUUAAAGGGUGCCGAAAAGUGUAUAGGUAGCAUAGUAUCACUUGGAUCUGGCACCUAUUGUUAG